UGGGUUGCUGUAGCAACCGGCUGCCCUAUCGACGUGACAUCAUCCCAUCGACUCCCCCCCUCCACCCCCUCCUUUCCACUUUCUCCUUGACGUGGCGCAGAGAGAGCGGAGGCAAGCGAGCGAAGCUGGGACAUUUCCCCGUUAUUUUUUAAACGAAGAUAAAUAAUUGUGUCCUUGGUGUGUCCAAUCAAAUACUGCAAAUAUGGGGGGGGUAGUUACCAAUUUCUUCAAAGCUAUGUUUGGAAGAAAAGAAAUGCGUAUUCUCAUGGUGGGCCUGGAUGCAGCUGGCAAGACCACCAUUCUAUACAAACUCAAACUGGGUGAAAUUGUAACCACUAUUCCCACCAUAGGUUUCAAUGUAGAAACUGUGGAAUACAAAAGCAUUAGCUUUACUGUAUGGGAUGUGGGUGGUCAAGACAAAAUCCGUCCACUUUGGCGCCACUACUUCCAGAACACACAAGGUUUGAUUUUUGUGGUUGACAGUAAUGACAGGGAGAGAGUGAAUGAAGCUAAGGAAGAAUUGAUGAGAAUGCUUGCUGAAGAUGAGCUCCGAGAUGCUGUGUUGCUACUUUUUGCAAAUAAACAGGAUCUGCCUAAUGCGAUGAAUGCUGCAGAGAUCACUGAUAAGCUGGGUCUACACUCACUCCGCCAGAGGACCUGGUUCAUCCAGGCAACCUGUGCAACCAGUGGCGAUGGCUUAUAUGAAGGACUGGAGUGGUUGUCCAGUCAGCUUAAAAGUAACAAAUAAUUCCUUUCUUCCUUCCUACUCACCACUCUCCCUCCCCUUAUUUCUGCUUCAUUAUGUCGUAUGGCAACUGCUACUUUGUGGUAUUGGGUGCCAGGAACCUGCUUCAUUACAUCUGAUCACUAGAACUAUAAAUACCACCAUACUGUAUGGGUGAGAAGUACAGACUUGAAAGCAAAUGUGGUUUCUUAUUUAAAAUGUGUAUAUAUCGUCCCUUUUUGUAACGAGGCAGUUUCCUGCUACUCCUAUGCAAUAUUUACCCCAUGAUUGUUCUGUUUUCCUUUACGGUUCAUAUUGACAUGUAAGAAUUUAGUGUAGAAAGGGGACAAACUGAGCUUGGAAUUGGGAGUUGAAUACGCUCCCAACAGUACAAUGCACAAAGUCUCAUAAGAGAUUUGCUUUACAAGCUCUUAAAUGGGGCUUUCCUGCAGUUUGGGGCAUGGCUUUUGAUGGAGGGAGGGAACUUGCAUCUGACCUUUAUUGAUUUUUCUGCUUGUCUUCCCUCAUUGCCCAAAGCUGGAAUUUCAGCAG